AGUUAACGAGCUGUAACGCAUUGUAACCCACUAAUCAGCCUAAAAAUUUUGCCCAUGCAGUCUCCCUCUCCCAACUGCACAAUAUGGCACCUCCUCAAGGAAAGCCCGAAAAUGUGCUUCGUCUUGCAGAUGAGCUUAUAGCUCUUGAUCAGCACUCUUCGGCGCUGCAGUCGCUUCACGAGAUGAUUGUCUCGAAGCGUACACGUAACACACAAGUUUCCUCUUUGGAACCGAUUAUGAUGCGUUUCAUUGAGCUCUGUGUCCAUUUGCGUAAGGGAAAAAUUGCCAAGGAGGGCCUUUACACGUACAAGAAUGCCGUCCAAAACACAUCGGUAGCUACGAUUGAAAAUGUCGUGAAGAGAUUCAUUGAAUUGGCCAACGAAAAGGUGCAGACCGCUCAAGCUCAAGCUGACAAGAUCUCUCUUGAGUAUGUGGAUGAUCUUGAGGCAACCGAGACACCCGAGAGCAUUAUGAUGUCGUUCGUUUCUGGUGACUUGACCAAGAGUCGUACGGACCGUGCUCUUGUCACUCCUUGGCUUAAGUUCCUGUGGGAUGCUUACCGCACGGUUUUGGAUAUCCUCCGUAACAAUGCCCGUCUCGAGGUUAUGUACCAGGUGAUUGCCAACUCGGCCUUCCAAUUCUGUCUUCAAUACCAACGGAAGACCGAAUUCCGCCGUCUCUGUGAGCUCCUGCGUUCUCAUCUCGGCAACGCUUCCAAAUUCUCCAACGGUCCCCACGCCAUCAAUUUGAACGAUGCUGAGACCAUGCAGCGUCACUUGGAUAUGCGUUUCUCGCAGCUGAAUGUCGCUGUUGAGCUCGAGCUCUGGCAAGAGGCUUUCCGUUCGACCGAAGACAUCCACAGUUUGUUGACCUUUUCCAAGCGUCUUCCUUCGCCUGUAAUGCUUGGUAACUACUACCGUAAGCUUAUCAAGAUUUUCCAAGUUUGCGACAACUUCCUUCUUCAUGCUGCUGCUUGGUAUAGAUACUAUUCUUUCAUCGGCUCCGCCAAGCCAGGCACCGCGAACAUCGUGCUUUUGAGCGCACUUUCCGUUCCCAUCAUUGACGGUGUUAAGCACACACCUUUGGACGCGGAGGAGCAAAAGAACAAAUACUCUCGUCUUGCAGCUCUUCUGAACCUUAGUAAGAUUCCCUCUCGCGAGACUUUGUUGAAGGACGCCCUUUCUCGCGGUCUCCUUCGCUCUUGCGAUCCCAUUAUCCGUGAAUUGUAUCAAAAUUUGGAGCUUGAAUUCCAUCCUCUCAGCAUUUGCAAGAAGCUGCAACCCAUCGUCAACAAGCUUGCUGAGAACCCAGAGACCGCUCAAUACAUUCCUCCUCUGCAACAAGUGAUCCUUACUCGCUUGUUCCAGCAGUUGUCUCAGGUUUAUGAGGCCGUGUCUUUGAAGUUUGUCAUUGAUUUGGCCAAAUUUGACGCUCCUUACUCCUUCACUCCUGCCCAAAUCGAAAAGUUUAUUAUGAACGGUAAUAAGAAGGGUGCUUUCUCCAUUAGAGUGAACCAUGUUGAGAACUCUAUUACUUUCUCUUCCGAAUUGUUCUCCACCUCUGUUGCACCUGGCACCGACUCUGUUUCUCUCCAGCCUACUUCUGCUGAGUUGGUCUCUGGCCAACUCUCUCGUGUCGCUAACUCUCUGUCGAGCGUUCUUUUGCGUUAUGAUACCGAGUUCGGUAUGCUUCGCAAGCAACAAUCCGAAGCCGCUUAUGAGAGGGCUAUUGCUGGUAUUGAGCAAGAGCGUAAGGCUGCUCUUGCCCGCAUUGCUCUUAUCGAGCGUCGCCGUGAGCAAGCCGAGUCUAUUGCUACGAAGCGCGAGUCUGAGCUUGCUGCUCAACGUGCUCUCCGUGCUAAGCAAGAGGCCGAAGCCGAGUCCAACCGUUUGCAAGAGGAGGCUCGUAAGCGUGAGGCCGAGCGUAUCCGCCGCGAGAAGGAGGCUAUCCGUAUCGAGGAAGCUAAGAAACUUGCUGAGGAGCUUAAGGCUAAGGGUGGUCUUGAGGUUAAUGCUGAUGAGUUGGAGCACUUGGAUGCCGACAGUUUGCGGGCUAUGCAAAUCGAGCAGGUUGAGAAGCAACAUCGCACGAUGAACGAGCGUCUCCGUGUUAUUGCUAAGCGUAUCGACCAUCUCGAGCGUGCUUACCGUCGUGCUGCCCUUCCCUUGUACGAAGAAGACGCCAAGAAGCAAGCCGAACACGACAAAUUGCAGUUCACUGAGCGCGAGAAGCAACGCCGUGAAGUUUUGGAAAGCAAGCAUGCACAGGCUUUGGCUGACAAGAAGUUGUUCAGCCAAUUCUCCGACUACAUUGUCGACUACAAGGCCGACCUUGAUCAUGCUCGCGACGCUGAGUACGAGGCCGCCAUUGCUAAGCACAGUGCUAUCAUCGAGGAAGAGCGCGAAAAGCGCAGAAAGGCCUUGUACGAUCGCAAGCUUGCAGAACUUGUCGCUAAGGUUAAGGCUGAGCGGGAGGAAGCCAAACGUCUUGCUGCCGAUGCUGCCAGACGUGAGGCCGAACUCGCCAAGCGCAAGGAAGCCGAGGCUGCCAUGGCUGCUGAGCGUGCUCAACGCGAACGUGAACGCCAAGAACGUCAAGAACGUCUUAAUCGCCAAGCUCAAAUCCAAAGAGAGCGCGAAGAGGAGGCUGCUCGUAAGAUUGCUGCUCGUCGUGCUGCCACCACGAGUGCUCCUCCUCCUCCUAGCGGAAACGUCUGGAGAAGAGGUGGUGGUAUGGCCGGUGGUCCUUCCAGAUACCAAGCUCCCCGUUCUUACGGUCGUUCCUACGGAAGCGGCGGCUCCAACUCAUAUGAUGACCGCGACCGCGGCGAACGUCUUCGUCCCUCUUCUAAUCCUAAUGCUUACGUCCCUCCCAGCAGACGUCGUCAGCAACAGUAGACUUAAUUAUGAGUCUUGUACGCAUUUGGCACGGCCGUUUGGUACAACGGUCAUAUAAAAAAUGGUUUGUUUUGCGCAACUUAGAGCCAUGUUUCAUAGUGGUUAACGAGCUUGGAAUGGAUGACAUUUCUUUACUGUAUA